AUGACUGUGGGAAUCGCCAAUGCGGAGCACGAACGCUUUCACGUUUCUGUCGGGAGCUGCUCGUUUAAAUACCAAUUUGCGGAGAUUUAUUUGGCCCGUUUUAAGGCGGUACGCGCUGGCCUUGUGGAAGAAGCGCGCCGGCGCUGGAACAGGGAUGCCGAUGAAAUGCCUCCAGUCAGAUCACUAGCAGACCUCAAACAUAAUGAAGAUUGCAUCAUUAUUGGCACCUUAUUCAGGGUCAGUCUGGAGAGUGCCCAAAAACCAAGCAUAAUAAAGCAGUUGGCAGACUUGGAACAGAUCGGCAUCGGUGGAGGAGCGAAGGCUGUCGUCACUGAAGCAGAUACUGCUGAAAAAGAUGGGCAAUUGUCGAGAUUAGCUGGCGAUAAUGACGAGCUGUUUUUAGAAGAUGAAGUCCAACGUAUUAGCCUUUGUGUCUCUGAUGAUUUCAUACGCCACCGUCUUGUCACGGGGGUUGUUGUCUGUCUCCGCGGGUCCGAAUCCGAAAAUUCUCAAGGCUCCUUCACAGUGGUGGAUGUGGCGUUUCUGGAGCCCAAACCGCAAAGUCCAAUUGCCGUGUCAGAGCAUCCAGAACCAUUCCCCCCACAUCUACCCCUAGAGGGUAGCAAGUGGGCAGCAUUUGUCUCUGGUCUUGGGUUCACUGGUUCAGCAGUUGGGGGUCAUCAUGCUUUUGCUCUUCGUCUCCUGGGCGAUUGGUUGAGGGGCGGAGGAACCAGAGGUCCAUUGCGUCACCUUUUCAUUCUUGGGGACUCCAUUCGAGCAGGUGACCCAGGCGACAAUGAGGUCUUGGGGUUGAUUGAACAGGCUCGUUUUCUGGCCCGGAAAUCGGAUGCCGACUCGGUUGUAGCGAUGGCAGCUUUCGAUGCCUGGUUAUCUGAACUGCCUCUCGGUCAAGGGGGUUUGUGCGUAGAAAUUCUGCCAGGACCGUCUGAUUGUGUUUCACAACUGCUGCCACAGCAGCCGCUGCACCCCAUCCUCCUGCCCAAAGCCAUUGCCCGAACCGGAGGUGGUGUGCGAAGCUCCACAAACCCUUGCCUCUCUCAGGUUGGAUCACGUCGUAUUCUGGCCACAUCUGGGCAGACCGUCACUGACGUUUACAGGUACACGAAGGCAGGUGGCGUCCUCGAUUGCAUGGAAUCCCUCUUGCACUGGGGUCACAUGGCUCCGACCUGUCCAGAUACACUUUAUGGCUACCCACUCGCAGAUCGCGAUCUCCUCCUCCUUCGUACCGACGGGUCGUGCGGUGCCUCACCCGACUACCCAGACAUCUUUGUGGCGGGCAACCAACCCGUGGCCCAGUGGCGUCGGGCCUCCCUGGAGCCCUGGCGAUCGGCGCUGAGCACCGCGGCAAAACGCGAUGGGUCCCUUCUCAUCUCGGUGCCUCGUUUCGACUCAUCGCACACCAUCGUUUUGCUCGAACUUGAAUCUCUCAGAUGUCUACCCCUGCGAUUCGACCAGUCCGAAAUUUCGUAA